AUGUCUUCACCACCACAGACACGAACCUCGGUGCGCUACAGCACCUACAGCAUGGCUCCUUCCUUUGCUGCGACCGUCAAGACCACCGACUCUGCAACUGCCGAGAUCCAAGACAUUGAGAAGGGCCUCGAUCGCAUGGAGAACAAGGCUCUGUCCCAGCAGCGAGUGGUGUUGAGCGAGGAGAAGAGUGCCAACAUGUCCAAGCUGGCCCUCGGAGCCAAGCUGGAGCGUGCCCUCGACCGCCGUAUGCACGGCCAGGAUGCUGUCAUGCGCAAGCGCACCUCCAGCACUGUCAGUGCCAAGAACCUGUCGGAGAAGGAGAAGGCUUAA